AUGAUUUAUUUUUUUGUGUGCUCUCUUUUCUUCCCUUUUUUGUUGGGGGGGCGGCUGCGCCCAUUGGCACGCAGAGGGUGUUUCUGUAGGAGGAGGAUGAGGCGGACCGCCGCCGCGUGUGGUGGGUUCACCAUGAAAUACAAGAAGGGCACCGGCCUGUGGGACGAGGACCACGUGAAUGACUACAAGACCAACCGGUACCUCUCUGCCCGCGCGACGAUGCGAUGGUACUACGAGAUGGAGCGGCUUCAGACCCGCAACAGCCUCAACGCCCGACGCGGCACGCAGAGCCACAACAACAACAUGGGCCUGCACCACAGUGGGCGUGGCGCCUUUGAGCGAGAGGUGGAGCGGCACGGCCUGCAGGUGGAGAAGUACGCGCUGACCACGACGACAGGGGCGACGCGUGUGGCGGAAUUGACUCUGCUGCGACGGCUGGAACUUGAGAAAAAGGCCGAGGAGGCGAUGGCGAAACAACGUGUGGCA